AUGGCGGAUAACAUCAUCACCGCCGCCAAAAGCGGUCGCUUCAGCGAGAUGACUGGGACCAUGAUCUUCCUCUUGAUGUACAUGUGCUUCUGCUCCUUCAACUUCGGCUACGAUGUCGGCAAUUUUGGCUCUGUCCAAGGAAUGCAAGCUUUCGGUCGUCAAUUCGGUACAUGCGAUGAAGAAUCAGGGAAGUGUUCUCUUCAGCCAUGGCUAUCCUCUGUUAUGACAUCAGUUCCAUUCAUCGGAAAGGCCUUGGGUACUGUGAUUUGCGGUGUCAUUGCCGAACACUGGGGUAGAAAGAUUGCUAUCAUGGGUCUUAUCAUUGCCUCUUUUGUCGGCGUUCUUCUUCAGACGACCGCAACAACAGCUGCUCAGUUCACCAUCGGACGCUUCAUCUCCUUCGCUAUGACGGGCAUGACCAUCGUUGUCGUACCUAUCUACCAAGCCGAGACAGCCCCAAAGGCCCUCCGAGGCCUGAUUACCUCUUCACUGCAGCUCAUGAUUCUCCUCGGCUCUCUAGUAGCGUCUCUUGUUACCUGGGGCACUAGCUCAAUGGAGACCAACGCUGCAUGGCACAUUCCAGUGGCCUUGCAAUUCCUAGCACCAACUUUCCUUUUCGUUUUAUGGUUUUGGGUCCCUGAAAGCCCUCGCUGGUUCGUGCUCUUGUCUAAAGAUCGUGCGGAGGAAGCUACUAAGUCCCUCCGCAGAAUCCGGAAGGACAAGUCCGAAGAGGACAUCGAAUUCGAGAUUCAAGCUAUUCAGCAUGCUCACUCAAAUGAUCACAAGGGUAAAUGGUCUGAGCUCUUUGAUGCUAAGAAUAAGCGCCGUACUAUGGUAGCCAUACUCGCCAUGUUUGGACAGCAAAUCACUGGUCAGGCGUUUGCUUCACAAUACUCCGUCAUCUUCUACUUAUCGCAGGGAUUUGGCGCGAGAAGCUUUGUCUUUUCUGUCCUCAGCUCUGUCGCUGGUCUCGUUUGUCUGUUCAUCACCUGGUUUACUGUCGACCUGGUUGGCAGAAGAGUUUUACUUCUAAUUGGCGGCACUGGCAUGGCUAUUUUUCUACUUAUUGUUGGCGCUGUCGGGACAAUCAAGAACCCAACAGAGACGCAACAGAACACUCUUGUUGCAUCGUUCAUUCUUUUCUCUUCCGCCUACGCACUAUCAUGGGCGCCGGUAUCGUAUAUCGUCCUUUCUGAAGCUGCAUCAAGCCAUAUCAAAGAGAAGACGAACCUUCUCGCCUCUGUCAUUUCCGUCAUGACCACUUUCGCAACAUCCUUCACGCUUCCGUACCUUCUCAGCAAGCCUUAUGCGGCACUUGGCGCCAAGGUCGGCUUUAUCUACGGAAGCUUUUGUGUAGCUAUGGUCGUUCUUGCAUAUUUCUUUAUUCCCGAGCUCAAGGGACGAAGCUUGGAAGAAAUCGAUCAGCUGUUUGCAAGUGGGGUAUCCUUGAGAAAGCUUGGUUCCCUGGAGACACGGACUGCAGAGGAGGCUUUUGAAAGUGACUCGAAGGCACAGCCCAUGGCUGAGGUGAAGGAGUUGGUGUAG